AUGUAUACAAGAGUCCUUAAGAAACUAAAUAAUCACCGCGAUAACUACAUCGACUGGGAUGAAUUCCUGACGCACCUGAUGCUGGAGUACCACGAGAAGGAGAUGCUGAUCAAGGAGCAUCGUUUAAAGGAGCCCAUAUUGGGAUUGCCCAGAAUCUUACGCAGCGGCCACAGACUACAUGUCACCCGUGCCACUUUCAAUCCUGUUGUUACACCGGAUCGCAAGUUUAGUUACCUCCAAGGAAAAUAUAUAACUGUAAGUCAUGAUGGAACAGUUAAUUAUUGGUCACUGGAAUUUGAUUUAGAGAAGACAGUCCGCUCUGAGACACCUGAACUGAAGACUACUCAGACAUUUGUGACAGAUCUUGUGUGCUUACCUGAUUGUGAGAUUGUUUGUACAAGUGCAACUGAGGAUUUGCGAUUUUAUGACACAUCGGCCAAUAAAUUCGAACUCCGUGUUAUGGUAACUCGUUGGCCAUCAAUUAUUAUGAAAAUGUGUUAUCAUUUCUAUGAAGAUGUCAAUCAAGAAUCUAUUCUCAUAUUAGGAGAUGCUGAUGGCAACAUAAGAAUACUAUUAAUUAAAGUUAAGAACAAAGGUCCAUUUUAUCAUACACCUGGCACUGAUGUGAUUCACAUACAUUAUGAAGGUCUUCUUUCUGUGAAAACUCAUUUGAUUGUCACUGGUGGGCGAGAUUGUAUCAUCCGUGUGUGGAAUGUAUUUGUGCAGGCCAAACCAAAGUACUGCUUUUUUGGCCACAAAACAGCAAUUGUCAGUAUCGAACUCCAAGAUUCUGGUCAAAAAAUAUUUUCUCUUUCUAAAGAUAAAACUAUAAAAGUGUGGGAUUUAACUUUACAGUCAUGUAUUCAGCUGUCUCCUGUCUGGAUUGCUUUGCUUUUGUUAUCUGCCUUGAGCAAUGUUUCACUGUUUACAUAUGUCGGUAUUACUCCAGAACUUGGAGAGCUCACUCCAGCAGUGUCUUUCUACAAUCCCAUUAAUCGCAACUUGUUGGUUGCCAGCAUGAAACUAGCUAUUGUUGUAUGUCGUGAAGAAAUUGAUUUGACACAGACUGAUGGGUUCACACACACAAAACCUGUGACAAAUGCAUUAUACAAUGAACUUUUUAAGAUUCUGAUUACAGUUGGUCAAGAUUCGAGUAUUAUGGUUUGGGACCCAUGGAUUGGAAAGAGACUCCUGUUAAUACAAAAUGCCCACCAUUAUCUAAAAUUUGGAGAGAUUCAUACUGUACAAAUAACUGCAGCCACAUACAGUCCUGAUUGGCAACUUUUGCUAACAGGAGCUCGUGAUGGAUCCAUAAAAAUGUGGAAUUUCACCACUGGAAUGUGCCUGCUUACCUUAAAUAUUGAAAAAGACUGUGAGGUAACCAGCCUUGUAUGGCUUAAAAAUCGGAUAUUGGCUACCGGAUGGAAUUUGCACAUUGUAGAGUUUGAUGACAAGGGGAAAGCUAUGAAAGGAAAGGACUGGGAAAGUUUACACACUGAUGAUGUAGUAUGCAUGGUGUGCCGUGAACCAGAAUCUUUGGCAACACUCUCUUACUGUGGUGAGCUUGUUCUUUGGAGGCUUGAAACAGGACAGCCAUACAGCUGCUAUAGUGUUGCAGAUCCCACAAACAGGUGCAGAAACCAGCAAGAAAGUACUGACCAGCAUACUUGCCGGCCGGUAUGGCCGUGCGGUUCUAGGCACUUCAGUUUGGAUCUGCGCAACUGCUACGGUCACAGAAUUGUGUUGCAGCAGGAGGCAAUGGGUGCCGUUCAACUUGCAGCAUCGACUACUAGUUCAUUUCCAUCAACAAUAAGUGCCUUUUCCAAAAUCAUGGAUGCACCUUCACAACAACUAUCACAACACUCAAAAGAUUUUAGUUACAAGAGGAGGAAGACAUAUCUUGAGUUGCCAGAGGGCCCCAAACUUACACGCCAGUUGUCUAGAAUAACAUUGCCUCUGUUGGGAAGUGGAUCUCGUGUAUUGGAGAAAAAUCUGAAUGCUCACACAAUGAUGUUUCUCAGUGCUCGGCCUAUGCAGAGCAAUAUUGGAACAUUGCUUAUAGCUUUGGAUAAUGGCUAUGUGCAACUGUGGGCUCAUCAUCAAGCUGGAGGUUUUAUUAGUUCAUUUCUUUGCAUACAUGUGUCUGGAGACUACAUUCUUUCCAUGGCAACUGAUCCGGAAAACUCAUAUCUUUUCACAGGUUCAUCACUGGGCUACAUAAAAGUUUGGUUGAUGGAGAAUUAUGGCUUUCCACAUGAUGUGAAUAUAUGCCUACCCAAACUCAGACUACAGUUUCCAUUUCUCCUGAAGGAUCGUAUUGAGGGGCGUGCAAAACGCAUACUGUAUAAUCAGCCACUGCCUCUCCUCCUGUCAUCAUACCGAGGACACCUGCGGGGCAUCAACCAUCUUGAAUACCUUUCUGGAUGUGAGCUUUUAAUUAGCUCGAGUGCUGAUAAUACUGUUCGCAUUUGGACCUUAGCUGGACGCUAUGUGGCUGUAUUGGGUACACCAAGACCAUGGGAUCAGUUAUUACCCCACAUACCGCUACCAGCUAAACAUGCUUUCAUAUUGCCUCCUGAUGUUCGAAAGUAUGCUUCUUCAACAACACUUAAGGUACUCCGAGGUGGAUGGGUUGAUUAUGCAUCACAUAAGAAAAGAGAUGAGAAUGAAGCACUAAGAGAAAUGCCAAAGGACCUCAUAGAAAAAGGAACAUAUGGUAAAAGGGUAAAAUCACCAAUUCUUGGAGAUCAUUUUAGAAUGCCUAGCAGAGUGAUGAGCCCAAGCCACCACCCAGUUCUUGAUGUUUCAUUGCCUGUGACUCCUGUGUACCGUUUCCUAGAAUAUGAUGAAAUUAAAGAGCCCCGAACUAUUCCUACAAACCAAAAAGCAUUUCUUACUUUUGCAAAAUGAAAAUGAUGUCACUGGAAACAGAACAGCAGCCAGUCUUGAUUUUUGGCUCAUAAUUUCUUUGCUGGAAUAUAUAUUUGAUAAAAAGCUCUGAUGAUGGCCUGCUACAUGCAAAAUAUAUGUCCAACAAGAUCACUUGGUGGAAAAUCUCAUAUGAAGUGUGGAAGCAGUGUAGGUACAUGGUGCAAGACCCCC